UCUCAUCUUCUCCAUUUUCAUGCUUCAUCCUCGCCCGAUUCUCUCUCUGAAAUCGGUCUUUUCCGCUCGAAAUCAGAUAUCAUCCUCUGAUUCUCUCUCGUCUUUGGUCUGAAUUCAUUUGUGGGUUCUUCGAAGAUUGGGAACAAAAACAAUGACUGGGUUUUCUGUGUCUCUGUUCGUCUCCAACAUCUCGAAUGUCGCGUCGUAUCUGUCCCCGCUCUUCGAGAGCAUCCCUUCGAAGGUGAUUCCGUCGCAGAUUGAGAAGGUUGUCUCCUUGGUCUCUCGGACCGGUAGGGAUUUGCAGCGUUACGACAGCAAAGGGUUUCGCCAGGUUGUCGGAUGCAUACCGUACAGAUACAAGAAAAACAACAUUGACGGAAAUGAUGUUGAAGAAAUCGAAGUUCUUGUUAUCAGUGCACAAAAGGGCAAAGGGAUGUUAUUCCCAAAGGGAGGUUGGGAGAUUGAUGAAUCCAUGGAAGAGGCUGCUUUAAGGGAGACCAUCGAAGAGGCUGGCGUGACCGGACAACUCGAAGAGAAACUAGGGAAAUGGCAGUACAAAAGCAAAAGGCAAAACGUGAUUCAUGAAGGAUACAUGUUUCCUUUGCUUGUUAGUCAGCAAUUUGAAAGUUGGCCCGAGGCAGAGAUCAGACAGCGCCGGUGGGUGAAGUUGUCUGAAGCAAGAGAAGUAUGUCAGAAUUGGUGGAUGAGAGAAGCCCUUGAAGAAUUCAUCAAAAGGAAGACAUGUUGUAAUCCCAAUCACCAGAGCCAAACGCAAACGCAAACGCCAUAGAACCGCAUAACGCAGGUCCAUAAGGAAUGGCGGAAUAAAGACGUAGGAGAGGCGAUGUUCGGAGUUCUAACUGGAAGGAGCUGCGGAAUUCUUCCAUGCUUCAACCAUGGCUGAAUAGUUUUGAAGAGAAGAGGUCAACUUUAGUGCUUAGUCUUCUUUGAUUGAUUCAUUCUUUGAUUAGUGAUGCUAUUUAGGCAGUUUCUAUUCAUAAUCACUAAUUUGGAAUUGUUUGCGUCUCUUUCCUCCUUGGAUUUGUAUAUUGAAUUGAACCGUUCAAUCAUCUCUUGAACUUGGGAAA